AUGAAUACCAAAAAGUUAAUAUCAUCCAUAUCACUAAUAUUCCUCUUAAGUCUCAUACUAAAUUUAGUAAUCGUACAAGCUGAUUCUAAUGAAAACAAACAAAAUGUAGGAAAAGUUCCUCCUGUACCCUCAGGACCAAACUCAGACAUAAACUCUUCCAAGAAAGAUGGAGGAGAAGGCAUUCCCCCUCAUGACACUCAAAGCGUUUUGCAAGAACUUAAAAACUUUACAAAUAAUUUAGAAAAGAAAGCAUUAACUAAUAGAAGUAUAAUAAUCACUACAGCAAUAAUUAACACCAUUUUCUUAAUGUUAUUAUCAGGACUAAUAGGAUAUAAUACAAAAAAGGAGUUUAACAAGAAUGCAAUGAUGAACGCAAAGGUGGGAAAAAGAUAA